AGACUCUUGGACUCUUAUUUUGUACUGUAGUGAUUUCAUUUCCAGGAUAUCCACGCUAGGAUAUACUGGAAGUAGCUGUCGGCUGGGAGAAGAACUUCAUACUGCAGAACCAGUCACCUUGGAUCCCACCUGUGGCUUUAAAGACAGACGCCCCAUUCCUUGAGUCACCUCCGUUACUCUAUCAGUCCAUCACUGUGUCUCUCCCUCCCUGCAGCCUCCUCCUGCUCUCUCCAUCAUGACGGAACCGGAGCUGCUGACGGAGGUUCCAGCAUCGCUGAAGCGCCUGGCCAAGCAGGUGGUGCGUGGCUUCUAUGGAAUCGAGCACGCCCUAGCGCUGGACGUGCUGAUCCGGAACCCCUGCGUGCGAGAGGAAGACAUGCUGGAGCUGCUGAAGUUCGACCGCAAGCAGUUGCGCUCGGUGCUCAACACGCUGAAAGGAGACAAGUUUGUCAAAUGUCGCAUGCGAGUGGAGACGGCGCCUGACGGCAAGACCACGCGCCACAAUUACUACUUCAUCAACUACCGUCUGCUGGUCAAUGUAGUCAAAUACAAACUGGACCACAUACGACGGCGCAUCGAGACAGACGAGCGCGACUCCACCAACAGGGCAUCCUUCCGCUGUCCGUGCUGCCACAACACCUUCACAGACCUGGAGGCCAACCAGCUGUUCGACCCGAUGACAGGGACAUUCCGCUGUACCUUUUGUCAGACUGAAGUAGAGGAGGACGAGUCUGCCGUCCCGAAAAAAGACGCCCGGACGCUGGUCGCACGCUUCAACGAGCAGAUUGAGCCCAUUUAUGUGUUACUACGGGAGACCGAAGACAUCAAUCUAUCACAUGACCUACUGGAGCCGGAGCCUACAGAAAUUCCUGCCCUGAAACAAAGCCGGGAGCGUGCGGCACCUUCUGGUGGUGCUGGUGCUGGAAUGCCUGGCCGUGACGUCUGGAAGAAGGGCUCGUCGUACGGGGACCUGUACACUCAGAACGUGGUUAUCAACAUGGAUGAGCAGGAGUCGCAGGGCCAGGCGGCCGAAGCAAAGGCCCCCAAAGAGAGGCCCGUGUGGCUGACAGAGAGUACUGUGGAGCCAUAUGGCGAGACGGAUGUCCUGAAGACUGCUGGAGAAGACUCCAUGAUGACACAAGAGGGCCUAGCUGGUCGUGGACCUGCGCAGAACGAGAACCCUGACGUUAUUAAAGCCCUGCUCAUCCACGAGAAGACAGCAGGCUCUGCGCCGAUGGGCGGAGCCAUCGCCAGGCCCACCAUCCCAGCCGCCGACGCCAGCAACUCCGAGAGCGACACCAGCGAAUCGGAUGAGGACUCCCCGAGCCAGGCUCCCGCCCACGCAGCCGCUUCCAGGCCGGGCAGACGGGAAGAGGAGGAUGAGGAAGAUGACGACUUCGAGGAGGUGGGAGAUGAUCCUGUUGUGAUGGUGGGUGGACGGCCCUUCUCGUACAGGGAGGUGAGCCAGAGGCCGGAGCUGGUGGAGAAGAUGAGCGCCCAGGAGAAGGAGGCGUACAUCGAGAUAGGCCAGAACAUCUUCCAGGACAUGUACUACUGAAGGAGCUUGUAGUGUGUUGGUCUCACUCUAAAUCUCUCUCUUUCUCUCGUUCUCUCUUUCUCUCUUUAAUUCCAUUUAUUAUCUGCUCAUCUCUUUAGCUCAUUCAUUUGUGCUUUCGCUCUAUCUUUCUUUUUCCCUUUCUCUGUAUAUAUUAUUCUCGGUAACUCUCUCAUUCAUUCAUCCAUCCAUUUAACUCGGUCUAGCUCACAUGUGCAAUCAUGCUCUCUCUCUCUCUCUCUCUCUCUCUCUCUCUCUCUCUCUAUUUGUCUCUGUACAUCUCACUCACUUUUCCAGUCUUUCUCUCUCUUAGUAUUGCCCUCAUGCUAUUGCUCAUGUCUACAUCUACCUCACUCACUCACUCACUCACUCUCUUUUUCCAUGUUCAUCCAUCCAUCCAUCCAUCUUGCCCGUGCACAACAGAUGCACCCGUCUUAAGCAUCUCUCUCUUCAUAUUCUCUCUCCCUCCUUUAUUUACUCUAACCGUUCCUCCCUCCCUCCCUUUAUUAUUCCCUUCGCCUCCCAUGGUCCCUUAUUCCCUUACUCCCUUUCUCUCCUCCUCCCGCUUUCCCUCACUCCCUCCCUUCUCACAUUUAUUCCCUCCCUUAUUUACUCCCUCCAUCUCAUCCCUUCCCUUCCCAAGCCUGUUCCUCUCUUUAUUACACACCAUCCUUUACUCAUCUUUUUCCCCCAUAGUCCCUAAUUCGGUUACUUCCUCGUUCCCUUACUCCUUUUUGUUCUUUUAAGGCUCCUUCAUGCUCACUUUGAUCUUACUGGACUUUUACUCUCUCUCUCUCUCUCUCUCACUCACCAAAUCACUUUCCUCUUUCUCACCUCCUUCUUUCUCACUCUCUUUCUCUUUCUCUCUCCCCUGAGGCUCCUUCCUGCUUACUCAGACUGCAGGACUCCGUACCCCCAUGUUUCUCUUCAGAACAUGUGUUUUGCAGAGCUGUGCAGACCCCUGUGCUGCAGGACCCCAGCGUGGAGGAGAAGUAUUCUGCUGAGCUCGGCAGCUGUUGGCUGCUGUUCCUCUCACCCGUUGCACCUCCCUCUCCUACUGGACUCUCUGAUUCUCUUGGUGCCAAGCAACAGCGGUGUUCCUGCCUCCACUUCAGGAUGAAUAAACAAUCACGAGCACUCACUGCUUUAAAAAAAAACGCACACAAGCACUUGACUUUAAAUCCCUUUUUAUUUGGUUUUCUUGCACACAACCAGACGCUCUCGGGCAAACAGUGGAGAGCCAGUGUUUCUGUGGUAACUUCUGAAACGGGGUGACCUGCCAGAACGCCUCUGAGUGAGAAGAGAGGAAAAAAAACACACACACACACAGAAUGAUCCUCAAGCUAUUGCUUUUCACUGUAUUUCACUUGCAGCCAGUCUGUACCUUAUUUCAUAUUUCAUUCAGGACAGUAUUGAACAGUACAGUUUAAUUACAAAGAAAGAAUAAUGGUGUUCAAACAUCCAAAUGUUUUUUUUUUUUAACUUUAUUCUGCUGUCUGACAAGCAAACAUGUCUCAUCCUGUCUCAUCCAUCACUGGUUACAAUCAGGGUGAAAAAGUUGAUUUUUAUUUUUGUUUCAUUGUUAGUGGUUAAAAUUAUUUUUUUGACAGCAAUAAAAAGUUGCUGGUAAAAAGUG